AGCGGCGCGUCAUGUGAGGCUGCGCUGGCGGAGAGUCAGCUGAUCCACUCGGGACGCGUCUCCUCUGUCCGUCGCGGUUCUCUCCGUGUUUUGGUGGUUUAGCAGCUCAGGCGCGGCUGUUCAGUCUCAGCUCCGGUUUCCCUGCCAGUCGUUAGGAAUCCUCCCGCAGUCAUGGCGCUGAGCGACGCGGACGUGCAGAAGCAGAUCAAGCACAUGAUGGCUUUCAUUGAGCAGGAGGCCAAUGAAAAAGCAGAGGAAAUUGAUGCCAAGGCAGAAGAAGAGUUUAACAUUGAGAAGGGUCGUCUGGUGCAGACUCAGAGACUGAAGAUUAUGGAGUACUAUGAGAAGAAGGAGAAGCAGAUUGAGCAGCAGAAGAAAAUUCAGAUGUCCAAUCUGAUGAACCAGGCCAGACUGAAGGUUCUGAAGGCUCGUGAUGACAUGAUCUCGGACAUGCUGAACGAGGCCCGUCAGAGGCUGGCUAACGUAGCCAGGGACCCGUCACGGUACUCUGCCCUGAUGGACGGACUGGUACUACAGGGUUUCUACCAGUUGCUUGAGCCCAAAGUAACCAUCCGUUGCCGCAAGCAGGACUUGGCCUUGGUGCAGGCUGCAGUGCAGAAGAACAUCCCAAUCUAUAAAGCAGCUGCGAAGAAUAAUCUUGAAGUCCGCAUUGACCAAGACAGUUUCCUCUCUCCAGAAGUCUCGGGUGGUAUUGAGAUCUAUAAUGCAGAUGGAAAGAUCAAGGUGUCCAAUACUCUGGAGAGCAGGCUUAACCUCAUAGCACAGCAGAUGAUGCCCGAAAUCCGAGUUGCCCUAUUUGGAGCAAAUCAGAACCGCAAAUUCAUGGAUUAAGCAUCUCUGUGAACCCAGGGCCACCGAGGACAACGACAGAAAGACAGUGUUUGUUUUUUGUUUUGGUUUUCUUUUUUGCUUAGUCUGUCCGAGUAGUAUUUAACUUGAGAAAAGACCGUUUGCGUGUAUGUCUGUGCUGUAAUUUGUGAUCGUUGUUGUUGUAAAAAAAAAAAAAUCACAGUAAGUGAGGAUUGUGUCUUGAUUGGCUGCAAAAAGGUAUUUAUCAUUAUUAUUAUUAUUCCUGUUGGCCGUGCCAUUCAGAGGCUAUGCUACAUGUUUACAAGUAAGUCUAAAUGGUUACUAGGACUAAAAGUCAGUCUUAAUCAUAUUCGAACAUUCUCUUAUUCGUUCAUUCAUUAUUUAAAACAUUGCCUCCAAAUGUUUGUUUUUACUUUACAGUGCGCUCUUUUUGUGGGAGAAGAGUCACAGCAGUUGUAAACUCUUGUAAUUUAACUUUUUAGUGGAUUCCACACAAAGUUAUUUCUGUCAUUCCUGUUGAAGAGCAUUUGCUAUUAUAACUGAACCAAAUGCAGUUUUGUUGAACACUGAGAUUAUAUUGAUGUGGAAAUAAUAUAAGGACAAAAGAA